AUGAACCUUGAUUGGUGUUUGGAACAGCUCUAUGAGGGCAAACUCCUUCCUGCAGAGACGAUUCGAGCGCUUUGCUUUAAAUUGAAAGAGCUUUUAGUGAAGGAGUCCAAUGUGGUGCAUAUCAGUACUCCUGUAACUGUGGUGGGGGAUAUUCAUGGACAGUUUCACGAUCUGCUAGAAAUAUUCCACAUUGGUGGACCACUGCCGUCAACAAACUAUGUGUUUUUGGGGGACUAUGUAGAUCGAGGCUUGUACAGUGUGGAAACUAUUACAUUAUUAAUCACACUAAAAUUGCGGUAUCCAAGCAGGAUUCAUUUAAUUAGAGGCAACCACGAAUCGAGGCAAAUCACCCAGAGCUAUGGAUUUUACACCGAGUGUCUGAACAAGUUUGGCGAAGGAAGUCAGGUAUGGCAGUAUUUUACUGAUCUUUUUGAUUAUUUGGUUCUUGCGUGUAUCAUUGACGACACAAUAUUCUGCGUUCAUGGUGGACUUUCCCCUAAUAUACAAUCCAUCGAUCAGAUACGAAUUAUAGAUAGAAUUAGGGAAAUUCCACACGACGGUGCGAUGGCAGAUUUAGUGUGGUCAGAUCCUGAAGACGAUAGGAACGAGUUUACGUCUUCGCAGUUCAAAGUUUCCCCGAGAGGUGCAGGUUACACUUUUGGCAGAGCUAUAGUGGACAAGUUUUUCAGCAUCAAUGGUGUCACCAAGAUGCUACGAGCUCAUCAACUUUGUAAUGAAGGGUAUCAGGACUAUUUCGGAGGGAAAGUUACCACUGUAUGGUCUGCUCCUAACUACUGCUACCGUUGUGGUAACAAGGCUUCUAUACUAGAGCUAUACUCACCAACGGAUUUUUACUUCAACGUUUUCGAUGAGGCCCCAGAAAACAAACUACUAACAGACCCAAUGCUUAAUGACAAAACACUACACUCUUUCUUUGACGAGGAAGAUGGUAUGAGUAGUGCCCAAUUUGACGUCUUCUCUGACGAGCAUCAAACUAAGUACGCCCAGAAAAGACAAAUUGACUACUUUUUAUAA